AUGUCGUCCUUCUACAACAACUACGCACACCACCAACCUACCGCUGCCACUGUGCAACCUGCCUCUUCCUCUCAUCACAGCGGGCGUGGCCGUAGAGCUCCUCGUCUUUCGCAGAAUGCACACAAGCAGUUUCGAGGACCCAGAAAGGACGAAGAGGCGGCUGUGGUGACGAGCUUCCGUCAACGCUUCGAGGCUGGACGCUCCUUUGACCUCGACGACGACAUGGAGUUCUGUCCUAACCUCCUCACCGAGAGCGAUAUGGUCUCCAUCCAUUCCUCCUCAUCGGACCGCUCUUCGCUGGCCAGUGGAUCACCAGAAUCCAGCCCCCAAUCGCACCAGGUAGCGCCGGACUCGUCCUUCACUCUCAACUCCAACGCCAGCCCCUACAUAUCGUCCUACCAAAGUCAGCCUACUCCUCUCAAACUUCACCAACCUGCUGCCACUCGGGUUCGCAGCGCUAUCCCGAUCGUCAACCCGAAUACCGGCCUGUCGAUGUCCAGCCCACCAGCUUCCGUUUCGCCCGUCAGGAUGCAACAGCACCUAAGACAACAGCAACAACAACAACAACGCGCAUGGUAG